UACGCUCAAAUUUUGUCUUUGUUGUUGUUGUUGAGACGGCUAAACAUGAUUUACUGACUGGACAAGAAAAGUGUGUGGGAUUUUCUGUUACUUUGCUCGGCAGAGCGUAACUGUGUUUCAUCAUGUAGUAGACAUGAUUGGGCAAAGAUUACAUAUGAGGUUCCUCAAGGCUCCAUCCCGGUGCUACUUUUAUUCAAAAUCUAUUUUUUUCAUUAAUGCAACUUCACUGGUUCAAAACCUUUUUUUGUUUUUGUAAAUUGUGAGAAAAGUAAUUCACAUUCCCUAGUAGUCGGUCAGCUCAAUUAUUGGACUUUGUGUGAUGUCAUCAACCCAAAUACUAAAAAAAUAAAUUAAUAGAAAACAUACCUUAUGAAAUCCCUCAGUGGAAAUCUACACUUUAUCCGUCAGCUGUACUUUUACUGUCUGUCUACAAUUUGUUAAUAGAAGAAAUAAGAUUUAAUGAAGACAGUAGUGACUUAUUUUCCAGUAAGUUGUGUUGUUUCCACAAAUGUCUAAACUUAUAUGAAAAAGGAAAUUAUGUCUCAUCCAAAAUGUUGUUACCAAAGUUCUGAGCGGUAUUAGGAAAUUACACAUCCCACAGCAGUCUUUACAUUGUGACACGUUUUCUCUUUCUCAGAAAGAGAGAUUUUGAAAAUCUUCUAAUAUCACUAAAUGAACCAAAUUUAUUUCAGUUGUUUGCUAGCUAAAAACCACCUGGACCUCUAUGGUCAGCAGGGACCUCUUUCCAUGGAUUCCCAGAACCAGAACUAAUAAGCGGGAGGCAGCAUCUAGUUUCUGAGCUCCUCAGCUGUGUUGGCUCCUUUAAAUCAGGACUGGAAACACAGUUUACAUCAGCUUUUCAGCAAAGGCAAACACUAAUCUAUUUUUUUAUCAGCCUCUACUCUCUACUCAUUUACUUUUAUUUCCAUUUUACAGCUUCUUUUUAUGCAAAACCUAAACUAUGAUACACUUAUUCUUAAGCACGCACUGGCUUUUGAAUGUACUUUUCAUGCAAAGCACUUCAAAGUGUCUUCGUGUAGGACUUGGGAUAAUAUUUCCAUCUGCGGGUUUGACACAAACUGCAGAACUAUGACUGUAAGAGCGUCUUCCCUAGAACAAAAGCACUCUUGAUCUAGGUCAGGCUCAUCAUCUGUAGUUUAUGUUUAAACAUACUUUCACGUCCGAGCAGCGCUCACUUCCUGAACCGCUUUAUCUUUCUAUUCCUGACCGUCACUCCCGAGACUUUUGCGCUUUGAUACUUAAAUUUGCUCCCCUAAAACCUGAGUCGUGGCGUCCAUAAUCGUAUAAAAAGUGUCGUGAUCGGGAUGGAUAAAUAGAAAUUAAGCGGGUAACUAAAUAUUCAAAAACACUACGUAAUCCCAGAGUACAUUGCUGCUGCGCCUUGCAUUACCUAAUCCCAUAAACCCUAGCGAGGAGAGGCGGGGACAGGGCCGGUUGUCGGAGCAACACACAUGUCAUUAGACGAUCCCCGCCCGCUUUCUCGUCUCCAGCCAAUCACAGGGCGUAGAAAUGACAUCAUUGUUAUUUUCAGUGGGACUGCAGCUUAGAGGUGGAUAAAGUUCGUCUCCACGUUGGAAGUGAUUGAAAGUAUUACCCGUUUUCGGAGUGUUGUUUUUUUUUUAGUUAUUAGAACGGGAGGACAAUCCAAAACAGGAGGUUUGACGGGGGGUAGACGCACAGAAGCUCGGCGGCGGAAGAAACGUUUUUAUUUGUCGAUGACCGCACGGUUCACAAAGGAAAACUUUUCUCGGGACGCAAAGUUGUCAAGUGAGUUGAACUCCCAACAAUAGGCAGCAUCUGCCUCGGGACAGUAGACAGAUCGUCACAGAAUAUACCGUAAAAACAGCAGAAAUCGGACUCUUUGUUCAAACUCUACUAUUUGGACGGGAUUUAGAAGAAAAGUUUAUGUCUAGAAAAAUCCGUAAAAUGGAAGCGACGUUCUACGACGAAGCUGUAAAUGCCUCCAACUCCCAGCAUGACGGGGCGGCUGUGUACGGGUUCAACCCUAAGACACUGAAACAAACCAUGACCCUGAACCUGAACGACCCGAAAAACUUCAAGCCCCAGCUGGGGGCGAAGGCCCUGGACAUUCUCACUUCGCCCGACGUCGGUUUACUGAAGCUGGCGUCGCCUGAGUUGGAGAGACUGAUCAUCCAGUCCUGCAGCGGGCUGACGACCCCCACCCCGACCCAGUUCAUCUGCCCCAAGAACGUCAGCGACGAGCAGGAGGGCUUCGCCGAAGGGUUCGUGAGGGCCCUGGCUGAGCUCCACUACCAGCAGAUCCCCGCCGCCCACCCUGACGCUCAGACCGGCGGGACUAGCGGGGUGGCACCCGGCGCGGCUCCGUGCGAAGGCGGCGGGAUUCCCUACAGCUGUACGGUGCGCACGGAGCCGCCCGAAUACACCAACCUGGCCGGUUUUAGCCGAACCGUGGGCUCCGCGUCCGCACCUGUCGCGGAGAGGCACCCGCCGACAAGUUAUCCGGGAGCCCCGCAGCCGCCACACAACCACACGGACCACCAACUGGCGGCGGCGGCGCAACAGCAGCAGCACCCGCGGUUGCAGGCGCUCAAGGAGGAGCCGCAAACGGUGCCCGAGAUGUCCGGCGAGACGCCUCCGCUCUCCCCGAUCGACAUGGAGACCCAGGAGCGCAUCAAGGCGGAGAGGAAGCGCAUGAGGAACAGAGUGGCCGCGUCCAAGUGCCGAAAAAGGAAGUUGGAGAGGAUCUCCCGACUGGAGGAGAGGGUCAAGAACCUGAAAACCCAGAACACGGAGCUGGUUUCCUCCGCCAAUGUCCUUCGAGACGAGCUGGCUCUGCUCAAGCAGAAGGUCAUGGACCACGUCAACAGCGGCUGUCAGCUCAUCCUGACGCAGCAGCUCCAAGCCUACUAGGCUUCGGAGACUGACGGAGCCAACAAGGGACCAAAUGCAACUUCAGAUGGCUGCUUGAGAUCUUCCAUCAACUUUUUUCCCCCACUCCCGACAGCACAUGGACACGAACUGUUUUUGGCUUGGUCGGUGUAAAAGGAAGCCAACAACUGUUGUGCUGCAGACACACGCACACAGCUGAGUGAAACUUUUGCUCCUAUAGUCUGCCCACUUUUGAAUUUCACUACAUUUUUUUUUUAUUUCUACAAGAACUUGUAGGUCACGCGUGGAAAAUAUGCACCUCAUUACAGGAACUGAGGUGGCGUGGGAUAAAGCUGCACACGGCGAAACACAAUGACAGCUCGAGUUUAGCUCUGGAGCUCGCGCACCAUUUAAAGAAAGAAAAAAAAACACUAACAGCUUUCACACCUUCCAGACGGUUUUUAUUAUCAUUAUCUUCUAGGUGUGUGUAGCUUACUGACAGCUGCCUUACUUUCAGAACACUCUUGUUCAUACGACUUUUUAAUACGUGUGUAACUUGUUAGCCCUAAAAAAAAUAACUCUUUGUAAUAUUUGUACGCUGCAUUUUUGAGCACUUAAAUGUAAAUAAGGCUAAAUGAAUAAAAGAAAAGUUCAACAU